AUGAGGAGGAAGAGUUCUUCUCCCAAAAAGCGUGAAAAGUCUCUGAAAUGCACAGUGUUUCUGGAUAUUCACGCAGUGACGUGUCCAGGAGUGCUUCUUCACAAGAGGCAUGAUAUCUACCUCAGUGUGUGCAUCAUGGGCCAGUACAGGAAGACCCAGUGUUUGCCCCCUGUCUUCCCCUUAUUGUUCCAACACAGCAUGGUUUUCGUCAAGACUUUCUCUGGUGUUGUUGACCCUGCUGAUGUUGCUGACCUCCUCGACGCUGACACAACAUAUUUUGAGCUGAUUCAGAUGGUUCCUCCAGAGGGUGAAAUCCUUGCCUCGAUGGAGGAAUGCAGCAGAGAUUUUCUGUACCCUGGUCCCAGAUUGAGUACUGAAGAUGGAGGUGCGGGAGAGAGGGAGAUACUGAUGAAACGAUCCUCUUCAUUUCCUGGAAUCUCCCCUAAAGUGGAGUUUGCCACGACAUCAGUCAUUGAGGAGAGCGAUGGAAGAGAAAGCUGGGAUGCAUUGCCUACCUGCCCUCUCUCUCCAGUGAGACCAGCUCUAACCCCGUCGAGAAAAAGUUCAACUCAAAAGCCUUCACCGACCAGAGGGCACGUUUCAAAAACUGAUCAUGGGAAAGGUGGGGAGGCAAAGCGGCACGUCGGGGCUAAAAUCACAAACUCUGUGCUUUCAUCCACAUCCAGACCUUCUCUCUCGUCCCCAUCUGGCUGCAUUCUUAGAAAGAACAGGCAGGAAAGGAAAGCCAGCGUGAGCAGAGCUUCUGUGGACACUGGCUACCAGCAGCCCACAGUUUCCUCAACAGCACGAGCCCUGUCUCCAUACGCGCACCGCAAGAUGUGCCAGCUCUCUGAGGACGCCUGGCAGAGGCUCAGCCACCUCCAGCUCGGGCCUCACCACUUUAGGAAGGAAACGGAGAGCAAGCAGCCCUUCUUGGCAGCUGAUAACAUCAUUGUGUGUUCGUUUGUUUAUUACCAACAAUACACGUGUUCAGUGCACUGGGGUUAUAAGAUUAAUAGGGUCCUGCGUUGA